AUGUCGGCCACAACCACCGCCUCCGCUUCCGCCUCCAACCUCACCUCCGAUCCGUCUCGUCCAGGGCGUCUCCGGCGCCUUAGCCAGCUGCGAACCUACACUCACUUCCCCUCGCACUACUCCUCAUCCUCGUCCAGCGGACACAACAACAACAGCAACAGCCGUUCUAACCGCAACAGCUUUGGCCAUCGACUUCCCUGGUUUUCCCCCACGUCACAGGCCCAUUCGCCCACCAGCUCCGAUUAUCCAUCUCAGACGUCACCAUUGGGCACCAGCGCUCCGUCUCCCGACGCUGACCAGCCGGCAUUGGCACGGUAUAUCUCUGCGCCCUCUGGUAGCUCGGGCAAUUACCAGGCUCUUGAGACAGUCGAUUUACGCCCUCAGCCGCCCCCUUCCGAGUCUUCCAGGUCGAGUGAUUCCGAGCGCAGAUCGUCGGGUUUGAUGGCACGAUUGCGAGGCGGAUCAACGCACCAGAAUCGAUUAUCUCGGCCACCCGAGUCCAGAAACCCGGAAGCUACGAGUACAGCGGACAUGAGGCCGACUGAGUCCCCUGUCGGUUCGCAGGAUCGCUCUUCAGAAACACUGACCCGGAGGGCCACGACGGAAAGCCGGUCAACGCCUGUGAAACCAAACCGCAAGGCAACCAUCCGAUUCUACCCUUACCACGACCCCAGUGCGAAUUCCAAGCCUUCCCUGCCCUUUGUCCCCAUCACCCGCGUCUUACCCGCCGACAGCUGUCUGAUCCGUGUUGGUCGAUACUCGGAGCGGGAUGGCAUCCCGAAUCCCAACCCGUCUGAGCCGUCGGAUGCCCCCGUCGGCUUCAAAUCGAAGGUAGUGAGUAGGAAACAUUGCGAAUUCCUAUACCUCAACGGCCAGUGGCACAUUAAGGACGUGGGCAGUUCGUCAGGUACCUUCCUGAACCACAUGCGGCUGAGUCAACCCAAUAUGGUGUCCAGGUUGUAUGCCAUCAAGGAUGGGGACAUUGUGCAACUGGGAAUCGAUUUCCGAGGAGGAGAGGAGAUGAUAUUCCGCUGUGUCCGGAUACGCAUCGAGUGUAAUCGGUCAUGGCAACAACAACCCAACGAGUUCAAUAAAAAUACAGAGAGUCUCAUUAGAAAUCUAGGCAAAGGUGGUGCCGCCGACUACGCUGGCUGUCGCGAGUGCUCAAUCUGCUUAGGAUCUGUUUUGAGGCCUUAUCAAUGCUUGUUCAUGGCGGCCUGCGCCCACGUUUGGCAUUACAAGUGCAUUAGUCGCCUAAUCCACACCCCUGAAUAUCCCAUGUUCCAAUGCCCCAAUUGUCGGGCGUAUACCGAUUUAAGUGCUGAGGUCGACGACUCCAAUGAUUAUGAAGAAGAAGUACGGAAGGAACCCACAUCUGAACCUGAACCUGAACCUGAGCGAGGGCCCUCCGAAGAGGCUCAAUCCACACCCAUGAAUACUAUCGACAAUCGAGAUGGCCAUUCGACGAAUGGUGCGCGAGUAUCGGAAGAAGCGGAACUGGCUUUCACAGUUGGUAACCUAAACCUACACGAUGGCAACAUGUCAACCGCAGAAUCGGAAGACAGCAGCAAUUCUCAAUCGCCGGCAAUUCCAAGUAGUAAUAUCGCCCAUAGUCCCAACAUCGACAUUCCUCGAUCUAGGACGGUGUCUUCACCGCAUAGCCAACGGCUACAGUCUGGUAGGGAGAGUUCGGAGGAUAAUUUCCUGACUCCAAGGAAUGAUUCUGGUCCCCUGGCCUUUGAUGGUCGGGCAGGGGUGGGUCAGAGUCCAUCAAGAACAUAG